AUGAUUAUUUAAUAACAAGAACUCUAAGAUAUCCUUCAAAAUGAGGAAGACGCUUUUUAUUUAAUCUAGAAUAAGACAAAGGCACCAAUGCCCCUUAAAUUCAUAGAUUUCGAUGUGAAGAUAGAGCAGAAACUAGCUGCCAUAGAAAUGACUUAAUACUAUAUUAAUGUCGAGGAUUCUCCUAUUGAAACUAUCUUUCUGUUCCCUUGUGACAUCGAGUCAGUUCUGACAAAUAUAUAAAUUCAAUUCAAACUCAAAGAUGGCACAUUCAGAGAAAUGCAAACAAUCAUUGAUAAAAAAGAUAGGAUAGACAUAAAAUAUGAAGAAAAGUUAGCUCAAGGUUAGACUGUUAUUGCAGGUUCUUUCACAAAACUGCAAAAAGAUUUAGUUAGAAUCAAUAUUGGUAACUUUCCGCCAGAAUCUGAAGCCAUUUUGAAACUAAAGUUUUACACUACACUUUCGAUUGAAGAUCGUAGUUACUGCUUCAAAAUUCCUUAUAGUUAUGUUCCAAGAUAUAUCGGAGAUGUUUAACGCUUCAUUAACACUGGAGUACAUUUGAAAGGUAUCCAAGGAACUCCCCAAUCAGAAGAAGAAAAGUUCUAGAAUGAAUAAGCUGUUAAUGAAAUUUAUGAUCACCCAGUUGCAAAUUCCACUCAAGCUUAAUGGAAUAUCUAGAUAGAGGUAAAGAUGCAGGGAUAAAUCCAGAGAAUUUCAUCAAGAAAUCAUGGCUUUGAGUAUAAUUUCUCUGAAGACAAAAGAACUGCAUAGAUAAAGUUAAUGGAUUAUGAAAAGAAAACAGCAUCUGAUUAUGACCUGAUUUUAUACAUUAGAGAUGAUUAAAUUAACGAAACAGUAGCAAUUUCAAGCUUGAAUCAAUAUGGUGAGUAAUGUGUUAUGAUAGGAGUAUUACCUGAUUUAAGAAAGCCAGAUAUUCGAUAGAAAUUUAUCGAUAAACUCAAAAUUAAGGGUGAUCAGAUUGACACUGAUCAAGAUGCAUAUUAUUCAAAUGAAAGUGAAAUUGAGGAUGAGGAGGAAUAGAAAGUAGAUUAAGAUAAAGAAGAAUUAGAAGUAGAGGUUGAGCCCAAACUGUUAGAUUAUGUAUUCUUUAUAGAUAGAAGUGGAUCUAUGCAAGGAUUGAGAAUAGAUCUUGCUGUUUAAGCUCUUAAGUUAUUUCUGCAUAGUUUACCAAUAGGCUGCUUAUUCAAUGUUGUUAGUUUUGGAUCCAACUAUGAAAUGUUGUUUGAAAAGAGUAAACAUUAUGAUGAAUAAACAUUCGAAGAAGCAAUAUCAGUUGUCUCUAAUUUUAAAGCUGAUAUGGGAGGGACUGAAAUAGCAUAGCCUUUAUAAGAAAUAUUUUCCUAGAUACCAGAUGAAAUCCUACCAAGGCAAAUAUUCUUACUUACUGAUGGGGAAGUUGCGAACACCCAAGAAGUAAUUCAUCUAAUAAAGCAUUAUAGAUCAAACUCGACAGUUCAUACCUUUGGUAUUGGAGAUGGUGUGAGCACUGAGUUGAUUAAAAAAUGUGCCAUCGUUGGAGGAGGCCAUUAUAGCUUCAUUGAUAACCCUCAUGAAAUUGAGUAGAAGGUAAUAGCUGCCCUGUAAAAGAAUUUCUUUGAUUAUCUUAUCGUUCAAGAUGCUUAUCUGAUUGAUGAUUUGGGAGAUAGAAUUUAAUGCAACCUUGAUUCAUUAUCUAACCUUUGCCAUAAUUAAACACACGAACAACUGGUACUACUCAAGCAAUAAUAAAAAGCUAAGCAAUAUUCAGCAAUAUUUCUUGAUCCAAAUACCAAUUAGAAAUCUCAAGUGCUUGUAGAUAUUUAAGAGGUUUAAAACGAAGCUCUAAAUAUGAUAGUUUAAAAGGCUCAAAUAGAUAGAUGCUUAGUGCAUGAAGAAAAGUUAAAUGAAGCUAUAAAAUAUUAAAUCCUUAUUCCAGGUACAGCAAUGAUAGCUCAUGAAAAAAUAAUGGAUGAAGAAACAAAGGAACUAUAGUUAAGGAGAAUUCCUCUUAUCAGGAGCAAUGGAAGCAUGUAAAUAUUUGUAAAGACAUUGACAGGAUAGACGAUUGUUCUCACUUGCUGUCCUGAUGACACUAUUGAAGAUAUUAAGAUCAUGAUAUAUGAAAAGACUGGAACCUCACUAAACAAAUAGAGACUCAUAUUUGCUGGAAAGUAAUUGGAUGAUAGCAGUACGCUCAAAGACUAUAAUAUCAAAAAAGAAUCAACUCUCUCCCUAGUUCUUUUUUUAAGAGGAUGUGGAUAUGAAUUAGAAUGCAUUGACAUUGAUACUAAGACAAAAAUUACGAUACCUUCUUAAAUUAACAUAUUGUAAGUUAGAUGGGAAAUAGGGGAGAAAUUAGGGAUUCAUAUGGACUACAUUUAAGUAAUAUAGGCUGGAAAAAUAUUAUCUAAUGAUUUGUCAUGCUAAUAAGCUGGUAUAGAUCAAAAUAAUAACCAGAUAGAUUAUAUCUACUUCAACUACAAAAGCAUUGUAUUUUGCUAGAAUGCAAAUGGUUAAUGGACCUAGAAGCUCUAUACAAUGUUAGAAGAGGAAAAUCUUACUAAACUAAGAGAGGCAUAGGAUGAUGAGAAAUUGAAAAAUAUUGAUGAAGUUGUAUUAUUGACACUAGUUGGAAUAAAGAUUCUAAAAAGAUAUUUCAUUGAAAACAAAAAUGAAUGGUCUCUAGUAGUAUCCAAAGGAAAAAGAUAUUUGAAAAAUGCACUUGGCUUAAGUCUUGGAGAGAUAAAUUAGAUGGUUGACAUAACUGAACUUUCCUUAAGAUAUUGA